AAAAGGGAAGUACUAGAGUGUACUUAGUUGUAAUGAAUCCCUUUUUUAUAUAUUCAUCUUUUUUUAAAAAGAUAAGAGAUCGAUAAAAAAAUUGUUCUUCUAUCUUGGCAGGAAAAAUACAGAACCAAACAAAAUGGGUCGUUCGUCGAAGGCCGAGCUUGCGGCAAAAGGCUCUGAAGAGGGAGGAGCGACCGCAAGUGGAGCAGCGAAGAAUGAUAAAGUUAUGAGUUGCACUUGUACAACUGCUGAUGCAUUAGUGAGGUUCGUAAGCUAAGGACGGAGAGAAGUAGUUAUAAAACGCAACAUUUUUUUUACCACUUCUUGACAACUUCCAUUUCCAACCAUUAUAACGACAAUAAAUAUUGAUUACUUUGUUCUUACCAAGGAUUACAACUACGAUUGCGUCAGGAAGGUCCCUAGGCAUAGGUUCGCGCGCGAACAUAAUAAUGAUAAUCCUCUAGUACAACGUCUAAUCAGGAAAGUGCGGGCGCAGCACCGAAGAUGAAAGGGCGUAAGAGACGAAGAGGAGCCAGGGUUCGACAGAAAAUUAAUAUCUGUUGGUUCCGAAGAAAUCUGCGUGUCUAUCACGACAAUCCGGCUCUGAUCAAGGCAAUGUCGGGCGAUCUGCCUUUGCUGUGCAUGUACUGCUUGACGCCCUACAUGCUACCUUCGAGGCACCGAAAGCGAAAACGACAAUUUUAUCAAGGCAUUACGGCUAGCGCCGCGGCUAGAAGUAUAAACACUUUUACAGUACUACUUCUACGUGAUGACCACAGCCACUGCCACACGGAAGUAGAAGCUUAG